AUGUUCUUAAAACACAUAGACUUGACGACAGCGCUAAGGCCCUCCUAUCUACCAGAUGAGGUGCUGCUGUUUGUGCAAGAUAAUGUCGGCCUAUAUGAGGGCAAGUUUAAAUUGCCAAACCAGCAAAAUGGGCAGGUGUACUUGACUACACAUCGAAUAUGUUAUGUCGAUAAAAAUGAGCCGCGCUUGAACUCUGCAGCUUUGGAACUGAAGGAUGUGGACAGAUAUGAGUUCUAUGCGGGGUUCCUCAAGUCGUCAGCCAAGAUCACUUUGAUACCCAAGCCGCUUCGCAGGUCAGGACUGCAAAGUCGUUCUACAACUGUCGCGCCGAACUCGAGGCAUUCAACACCAACGCCCAACAGUGAAGGCGGCUAUCGGCCACCAACCGAGUCGCAAAAUGUCACAGCUGCGACCUGGGUCUGCAAAAUAUGCAGCUUCUCCAAUCCAGUGCCUGCCAACUUUGACGCGACGACAGCAAAUGCACAUACGCCUCUACCGCCAUGCCUUGCUUGUGGUAUCAAACCAACCCUGCAGCAUGUGCUGAAAGCUGCCAUUUCAAAUGCAUCCAAGCGGUCGGUAGCACCACCACAAGCCCCGCCGCCGGCGUCUGAGCGAACAACGGAUGCUGGCCAUCCUACGAAUGAGUAUUUCGGUCAGAGUCCCGUUUUCGCGACGACACCUGCGCUUAACAAUGACCGAACCGAGUCCCCGGGGCCAAUGCUUGACAAAAAGGCCGCAAGCGGGCCUAUAAGCUUGGAGGCUCUUGAUGGGGUGAAGAUAUCAUUUCGCGGCGGCGGAGAGAAGAUCUUUUACGAGCGAUUGAAGGGGUCCAUGACGCAACGGAAGUGGCUAUUGCACAAUGCUCCCCCUCCACCAAAAGGACGCCCUCGAGACGGCAGCCUCUCUGGCGCAGAAGCCGACACAGGCGUGAGCGAGCGCAGAACAAAGACGGCGGGCAUCGCUGGUCUUGAGCAGCUCGGUCUGAGCCGGCACAAGAAUAACGAGUUACUCAUUGGUAGUGCCUUUGAGGAUCUUGAGGCGCUCAUGGCGUCUGCAAAAGAGGUCAUUGCGCUUGCUGAGAAGUUUUCCUUGCAGAAAGGUUCUGGGAAUGGCAGCUUCUCGGCGGAAGAGAACGCAAUUCUUGCCGAGUCAGCGAGCCAACUUGGCCUUGUUACGACAAAGGACAUGGUCGGGGGUAGCGGCGGCUCGGAAUCGCUCUAUCUCUCCGAGCUGGCGCGCAACUUGGCUGAAUUCCUCACUGACGACACGCGGAGUGUGCUUAAAAAGGCAGGCGGUAUCUUGACUCUGGUCGAUCUAUGGGCCAUGUUCAACAGAGCACGUGGGGGCGUUGAGCUCGUCAGCCCGCUGGAUUUUGAAAAGGCGGCUCGGUUAUGGGAGAGCUUAAAAAUGCCAGUUCGGCUCCGCACCUUUCGAAGCGGCGUCAUGGUCGUGCAGGGACGGGAUCGCACUGACGAAACCACCAUCAAGACACUGCUCUCGUGGCUCCAGGAUCUGCACGAAUUUCCACCAGAGCGUGACGUGCUCUGGGACUGGCGAGCGUUUGGUCGCGGCGUGACGGCGCAAGAAGCCGCGGAACGGUUCGGCUGGAGUCUGGGCGUUGCCGAGGAGGAGCUGCUCAUGGCCGAAGAGCACGGCGCUGUGUGUAGAGAAGAGGGUCUGGAGGGGCUCAAGUUUUGGAAGAAUUACAUUGGUUCGGAGCCCAUUGAUGAUAGCGAGGCGGAAGAUCCCAUUAUUGCGAGGCUCCGAAGCGCUGCAUUGAUAUAA